AUGGGUACAAAAGCAAAAAUAGCUCGGAUGGCUUUGGUAUUUGUUUAUGGAACACUGAAACGUGGAGAGCCGAAUGCAUCAGUUAUGGCAGAUCCGGUAACCGGAAUGCAAAAAUUUGUAGGAACUGGUAAAACUGUCAAUGCAUAUCCUUUGAUUAUCGCUUCUGAAUAUAAUAUACCAUUUUGUUUGAACAAAUCUGGAAUUGGGAAUCGUGUAAAUGGUGAAUUGUACAAAGUUGAUGAGCAAAAAUUGGAAGCACUUGAUGAAUUCGAAGGACAUCCAACUUUCUACUGCAGACAAUUAGAAAAGGUUGAAAUGGAUCAUAAUGGUGUUAUCGUAACAGCUUGGAUAUAUAUGUUACCAAAAUGGACGACAAAUUUGCUUCAGAGCUCUACUAAUUAUUUGGAAACGUACAAUUCUAAUGGGUCUCACAAUCGACCAUACAUUAAAAGUGAAAAUUGCCAAUAUUUGGACGAUUGUUGA